CCGGCUUUUUUCCCUUGGUCAAGAUUAACAAGACGGCUAGAAUCGAUACUACAAUGAGUAGAUAUUUGGAUUAGAAUGAGGGUAAACUCCCCUCAUUUGACAGUUUAGCUCUUUUCUUUAACGUGUUCUCUCGUUUUCACCGUGUGGGAUUAACUCGGAGCCGCCGACUGUCAACUGAAGUAGAUUAUUUUUGCCCGAAGCGGAUUGCAGCCAUGAUGGCGUCAAGCUACAACGCUAAGGAAGAGGACGGACACCACUCGGGUGCCUCGAACCACGGAGGCGCAGGGGUUGUGAAAAGUAAAAAGCCGGACAACACCGCGUUCAAACAGCAGAGACUACCAGCCUGGCAGCCUAUCCUCACGGCUGGCACCGUGCUGCCUGCUUUCUUCGUUAUCGGUCUCAUCUUCAUCCCCAUCGGCAUCGGCCUGUACGUCACUUCAAACAACAUCAAAGAGUUCGAGAUUGACUACACAGGUGUAGACGUUGACAGUCCAUGCUACAACUGUGCCAACAACUUCACCUGGAACAGCACAACACCGUGCUUCUGCUCUGUGUCCUUCACACUGGAGCAGCCAUUUGAGAGCAAUGUCUUCAUGUACUACGGAUUAUCCAACUUCUAUCAGAACCACAGACGCUAUGUUAAGUCCAGAGAUGACAGCCAACUGAAUGGUGACAAGACAUCUUUAAAGAACCCAAGCAAGGAAUGUGAACCGUACCGUACAAGUGAAGGGCAGCCCAUCGCUCCAUGUGGUGCCAUAGCUAACAGCCUUUUCAAUGACACUCUGGAGUUGUAUCACAUCGAUUCCAAUGACACCAGAAAUGCAAUUACUCUGGUAAAGAAGGGAAUUGCGUGGUGGACAGACAAGCAUGUGAAAUUCAGGAACCCUGGUGGAAACAACAACAACCUUACUGUAGCUUUCCAAGGCACAUCUAAGCCGGUAAACUGGAGGAAGCCAGUGUUCGAGUUGGACCCAUCAGAUGCUGAGAACAACGGCUUUAUCAAUGAAGACUUCAUUGUGUGGAUGCGCACGGCUGCGUUGCCCACCUUUCGCAAGCUCUAUCGCAUCAUCCAGAAGAAGUCUAGCACGACCCCCACUCUACCCAGAGGCAAAUACAUCUUGAACAUCACUUACAAUUACCCUGUGCACACCUUUAAUGGUCGCAAGCGCAUGAUCCUGAGCACCAUCUCCUGGAUGGGAGGGAAGAACCCCUUCCUUGGCAUUGCCUACAUCACUGUGGGCUCCAUCUGCUUCUUCCUGGGCGUUGUUCUGCUCAUCAUCCACCAUAAAUACGACACCCGCAACAACAGUGCAGAUAUUCCGAACUAAACUGUUGCUGUAUCACGUUUUGCUGUCUAUGCAUGCAUGAGUGACCCUGAGGGGUCCGUUCUGGACUGCCUGUUGACUUCAGCGAGAAUACACUGUUCUCUGUAAGUGUUGUGUGUCUGUGUAAAGACAGCAUUGUCCUGAGUGUCUCAUCAAAAGCUGUGUUUUUGUGUAGGGCAACUAAAGCAAAAGAAGGAUGCGAGAGUCUGUGUCUCUGUGCAUAUAGCUUCAAGUCGGCUGCUGAGAAUGUCAUUUCCUGUCUUAGAAAAAAAUUAUUUAUCUAUACAUUAUCAAAGUACCUGUUUUAUUUUAGCAGUGCUUUGCGAAUGGCUUAAUUGUUGAAGGAUGUAUGUGUGUGUUUUUAAUGCAAGUUUUUGUCCCUAUUAUGUACUGUAAUAUGUCCUGCUGAUGAAUGUACCAUUAUAUUUCAUUGACAUACCUCUGUGGUUUUUGAAAUUACCUUGAAUAUGGGAUGGGAAAAUCAUAACUCGUGUGCUUUUAAUUAUGGUAAGCACUGAAUUUUAACAUGAAGUAUUUUAUCCUUGGAGAGUCGUAGAAUACUUAUGACAAAUAGUGACAAAAGUGUGGUUGUCUACCUUACGCUGUGACUGGUUGUAUAAAGAGACUGAGAUAGUCAAGGCAUCUUCUUGAAAUUUUAAUCUAAUGCUUACUAAUAAUAGAGACAUUAUCCAGUACCACUAUAUACAUUACUCAAAUAGACUGGGUAGCGUCUUGGGCUGAUUAGAGCACAAAAAUUAUUUUACAAUUUUGUCUGAGUGUUAGAUUAUCCUGUGUUCUUUAUAUUGACCAGAUGAGAUGCACUUUAACAGUGUCACAUGUGUUAGUUUCCUCCCUUUUUUUCACUCCAUCCUCUGUUACAAUAAUGCGUUCUUGAUUUAUUCAGUUAAUUUGAGUAAAGUGUUUAAAUUUGAAAUUCGUGGGUUUUUAUAAGGUUUGUAGGGUCCAAUUAAACAACUUGCUGAAUGUA